CGAGGAAAUGAAGUUAAGCCGCCAGUUCACCGUGUUCGGCAGCGCGAUCUUCUGUGUCGUUAUUUUCUCACUCUACCUGAUGCUGGACAGGGGUCACUUGGACUACCCUCGGGGCCCGCGCCAGGAGGGCUCCUUCCCGCAGGGCCAGCUUUCAAUAUUGCAAGAAAAGAUAGACCACUUGGAGCGCUUGCUAGCUGAAAACAAUGAGAUCAUCUCAAAUAUCAGAGACUCAGUCAUCAACCUGAGCGAGUCUGUGGAGGAUGGCCCUAAAGGUUCUCCAGGCAACGCUAGCCAAGGCUCUGCACAUCUCCUUUCUUCACAGUUAGCCCUUCAGGCUGACCCCAAAGACUGUCUGUUUGCCUCACAGAGCGGAAGUCAGCAUCCGGAUGUGCAGAUGUUGGAUGUUUACAAUCUGAUCCCUUUUGAUAAUCCAGAUGGCGGAGUGUGGAAGCAGGGGUUUGACAUUAAGUACGAAGCUGACGAGUGGGACAGAGAGCCCCUUCAGGUCUUUGUGGUGCCGCACUCCCACAACGACCCAGGUUGGUUGAAGACUUUCAAUGACUACUUUAGAGACAAGACCCAGUAUAUUUUUAAUAACAUGGUCCUAAAGCUGAAAGAAGACGCAAGCAGGAAGUUUAUGUGGUCUGAGAUCUCUUACCUUGCAAAAUGGUGGGAUAUUAUAGAUAUUCCGAAGAAGGAAGCUGUUAAAAGUUUACUACAGAGUGGUCAGCUUGAGAUUGUGACUGGCGGCUGGGUAAUGCCUGAUGAAGCCACUCCGCAUUAUUUUUCCUUAAUUGACCAGCUAAUUGAAGGACAUCAAUGGCUGGAAAAAAAUCUAGGAGUGAAACCUCGCUCAGGUUGGGCCAUAGAUCCUUUUGGACACUCACCCACAAUGGCCUAUCUUCUAAAACGUGCUGGAUUUUCGCACAUGCUCAUCCAGAGAGUCCACUAUUCAGUGAAAAAGCACUUCUCUGCGCAAAAAACUCUGGAAUUUUUCUGGAGACAGAAUUGGGAUCUUGGAUCUGUCACAGAUAUUUUGUGCCACAUGAUGCCCUUCUACAGCUAUGACAUCCCCCACACCUGUGGACCUGACCCUAAAAUAUGCUGCCAGUUUGAUUUCAAACGGCUUCCUGGAGGCAGAUAUGGUUGUCCCUGGGGAGUCCCCCCAGAAGCAAUAUCUCCUGGAAAUGUCCAAAGCAGGGCCCAGAUGCUGCUGGACCAAUACCGUAAGAAGUCAAAACUUUUCCGUACUAAAGUUCUUCUGGCUCCACUAGGAGACGAUUUUCGGUUCAAUGAGUACACAGAAUGGGAUCUGCAGUACAGGAACUAUGAGCAGCUCUUUAACUACAUGAAUUCCCAACCCCAUCUUAAAGUGAAGAUUCAGUUUGGAACAUUGUCGGAUUACUUCGAUGCAUUGGAGAAAGUGGUGGCAGCUGAGAAGAGUGCCCAGUCCCUGUUCCCCGUCCUGAGUGGAGAUUUCUUCACCUACGCUGACAGAGACGAUCAUUAUUGGAGUGGCUACUUCACAUCCAGACCUUUCUACAAACGGAUGGAUAGAAUCAUGGAGUCGCGCCUAAGGGCUGCUGAAACCCUUUACUAUUUGGCCUUGAAACAAGCUCAGAAAUACAAGAUAACCAAGUUUCUUUCAUCACCACAUUACACAACCCUGACGGAAGCCAGGAGGAACUUAGGACUGUUUCAACAUCACGAUGCCAUCACAGGGACUGCUAAGGACUGGGUGGUUGUGGAUUACGGUACCAGACUCUUUCAGUCGUUGAAUUCUCUGGAGAAGGUAAUUGGUGAUUCUGCGUUUCUUCUCGUUCUGAAGGACAAGAAGACGUUCCAGUCUCAUCCCUCUGACACUUUCUUGGAGAUGGAUACGAAGCAAAGUUCCCAAGAUUCUUUGCCCAAAAAAGUUAUAAUACAACUGAGUGCACAGGAGCCAAGGUACCUCGUGGUCUACAACCCCUUUGAACAAGAGCGGGACUCAGUGGUGUCCAUCUGUGUGAGCUCGGCCUCAGUGAAAGUGCUGGCUGAUUCGGGCAAACCUGUGGAGGUUCAAGUCAGUGCCAUUUGGAAUGAUGUGAAAUCUACCUCACAGACAGCCUAUGAGGUUUCUUUUCUGGCUCAUAUGCCACCACUGGGACUGAAAGUCUACAGGGUCCUGGAGUCACAGAGUUCAAGUACACACCUGGCAGAAUACUUCCUGUAUAAUAACGAUGGGCUAGCAGAGGGCGGGAUCUUCCACACGAAGAACAUGGUGGAUGCGGGGGAAGCCAUAACUACAGAGAACUCCUUCCUUACACUUUGGUUUGACACGUCUGGGCUCCUAGAGAAAGUGAGAAUGAAAGGAGAAAGCAAACAGCAUGAAGUAAAGGUGCAGUUCCUGUGGUACGGAACCACAAACAAAAGAGACAAAAGUGGUGCCUACCUCUUCCUGCCUGAUGGGCAAGGCCAGCCAUACGUUUCCCUAAGGCGGCCCUUUGUCAGAGUGACACGUGGAAGGAUCUACUCAGAAGUGACCUGCUUCCUUGAACAUGUCACUCAUAAAGUCCGACUGUACAACAUACAGGGAAUAGAAGGCCAGUCCAUAGAAGUUUCCAAUAUCGUGGACAUCCGGACCGUGCACAACCGUGAGAUCGUGAUGAGAAUGUCAUCUAAAAUAAACAGCCAGGACAGAUACUAUACUGACUUAAAUGGAUACCAGAUCCAACCCAGAAGGACGAUGAGCAAGUUGCCCCUUCAGGCCAAUGUUUAUCCGAUGAGCACCAUGGCGUACAUCCAGGAUGCAGAGUACCGGCUGACACUGCUCUCUGCUCAGGCUCUCGGCGCGUCCAGUAUGGCUCCCGGUCAAAUCGAAGUCUUCAUGGACCGGAGACUGAUGCAGGACGACAACCGCGGCCUUGGGCAAGGCGUGCAUGAUAAUAAGAUCACGGCUAAUUUGUUUCGAAUCCUGCUGGAGAGGAGAAGUGGCGCGAAUGUGGAAGAAGACAAGAAGAGCGCAGUCAGUUACCCCUCCCUCCUCAGCCACAUGACUUCAAGCUUCCUCAAUCACCCAUUCCUGCCCAUGGUACUGAACGUCAAGCUCUCCUCGCCUGCGUUGGAGAUACUGAGCGAACUUCCUCUGCUACAGGCGUCUCUGCCUUGUGACAUCCAUCUGGUGAACCUGCGAACAAUCCAGUCAAAGACAGGUAAAGGUUACUCAGAUGAGGCAGCCUUGAUCCUCCACAGGAAAGGGUUUGAUUGCCAGUUCUCCAGCAGAGGCGUGGGGCUGCCCUGUUCGACUACUCAGGGAAAGAUGUCCGUCCCGAAGAUUUUCAACAAGUUUGCUGUCGAAAGUCUCAUCCCUUCAUCCCUGUCCCUGAUGCACUCGCCUCCGGAUGCCCACAAUAUAAGUGAAAUCAGCCUGAGUCCCAUGGAAAUCAGCACAUUCCGAAUUCGCUUGAGGUGAACCUGGCUUUGAGUGGAGAACCUCUGGCGUUCUUCCCGUCCUUGGUGUAACGUGCAAUAACCAAGCACAUUACUUUAGCUUCUGGCUACUGUGAGAACAUGAAUUC